AUGGAACUGACCUUCAUGGUCCGUAAUGAUGGCACACCCAAGAGAAGGCAGACACGGCGUGCAUGUAACUCAUGUCGUCAUAGAAAGAAACGAUGCUAUCAUGAUAUUCCCCCAGACCAGUCAGGUGUCGGCAGUUCUUCGCCUGACAUCGCCGCCGUCGGGGAUAGUCAAAGUCCUGUGUCGCGGGGCUCGAGGCGGGACCCGGUUGUUCGGAGUAGGUCUGCUUCUCCUCGUGAUGGCCGAGGGUUGGAUAUAUCGCAAAGAACGGUGGAACGGCAGGAUGAAGGUCCAGGUAGGCCUGGCGCAGGUAGAGCUGCGGAUGUCGAAGAAUCGCACCGGUUUGCAUGCGACUCAAACCCUAUGGCGACUCUCAUGGAACAGACUGAGUCAAGACUGCAGAGGGGUCCGUCUCAGAAGGGAGAUGUGGGGGCUUGGUUGGAUGUCGAAGGGAAUACCACGAAUCAAGGCGAGGCUGUCGGGUUCUCUUCACAAAGAGCGUCUGAUGGCCAUGUUGACACUGACAAGCUGCCGCCGAAUGAAUGCCAAGAAGCCUUGGUAGACAUUUAUUUCCAUCGGAUACACCCGAUACUGCCUCUUCUCGACGAAGAUAAAGUGAGAGCGCAGCAGAAAGACGGCAGUAUACCUCUACGGUUAUUGCAAGUGAUAUGUCUGGUUGCAGCAAAAGACAGCAAUGCGGCCGUUUGGCUGUGUCUGGGUUCCCGUGCAAAUCAACUCCCAUUAGAUAAGUUCAGCAACAUCCUCUAUUCCGAUGUCAUGCAAAGCAUAUCAAGGAGGUCGGAGAAGAAGGUCCUGGCCAUCCAGAUCUUGGCGCUGUUGUCGCUUCACGAAUGGGGCCCCACGGGCGCCGAGGAUUGUUCGUUGAACCUCGCCCAGGCUAUUCAUGAUGCUCAAACCAUAGGGCUACAUUUAAGAAGGCGGGGGAGCUCUUCUGAUGCCUUACCAGCUCGUCUUUUCUGGUGCCUUUGGAGCUUAGAUCGAUGGAACGCUGCUAUGAAUGGGAGACCGUUGAUGAUACAUGACGACGACCUGGGUCAGGGGGUAGACGACGUUGUCUCGGGAUUUCAGUCGCCAUUCCGUGUCUGGCUUCGAAUUGCUGACAAGCUCGGAGAAGUGAUUCACUUUUACCGGCCGAUGAUGAGACGGGUUGAUCACAGUGAAGUAGAUCUUCCGUGCUUCGAAGAGCUGGUUGAGCAGUGCGAUGCAUUGGAUAUGGCUCCAGAGUUUCUUGUAUCCCUCGAAUUCCUUUACCACUCCGUGAUAAUUCUCUCAACACAUUCAAGCGGUCUACAAGGCCGCUCGAGACCCCGAACUUCCAAGAUUCGACAGAAUGAUUCAAUUCUGACCAUCGUCUCCCUCAGUCGCAAUCAAGAUAUUGGGGACUACCUGCCGGUCCCCAUGAUCGGUUACACCAUCUCCCUCGCCUUCUCCAUCACGUAUAAACAACUACGAAACAGCAAAUUACCCAGUGCGCGUGACACAGCCAUUUCCCAACUCCGACACUUGCAUGAGUGCCUCAAGAAAUUAGGCUGCACAUGGUGGUCGGCUGUUGUCAUGACCCGGCUAAGCCAGCGCGUGUUGAACAACAUCCAACCCACCGCCGACCCAGAACGUUCCACAGGUUCAGAAACACAUAUCACCCGAUCGAACUCUCGGCCCGGGGUGAAUCGUAUAUCUCCCCGCUAUAUCACGUCGAAUGGGGACCUGCAGUCGCAUUUGGGUGCUGACAGAAUGCAAAUGGCGAGACACACGGAUAAUGGGUAUCAGCCUGCACACUCUUUGGCUGAGGGUCCGCUGGGAGUUGAUGAGCACUCCGGGGUUGCGGAAAUGUACAGCACACCUUUCAUGACUCAGACCGGGUUCGAGGACUUUGAUGCUUUCUUUGGCAAUUUUUUAGACGUCAGUUACCCGAGUUGCUCGAAUGAUCCAUUCUUGCUUGGUCUCGACCUGCCGGAUUUCGAAUUUGCUGAAAACCUGGGUUGA